CACGGUGAGUCGUCUUAUCGUUUUAUUUCCAGGUUCGGUGGAGAAGGAAGAGGCAACUAGCGAGGUGUUUGCUGCAGGUCGCAGGAGUUGUUUGGUUCUUGCUCCGGUAGUUCCGCCUCUCAACACGCCCUUGUUCUCCUAAUAAAUAUCGCUCACAGGGGCCAGUUUUCUGCUUCUCCCUCCCAAUUGCUACCAUCUCUAUCCCUGAUCGAGGUGUUUGGCUCUUCUAUUCUUCUGUUAGAAGACCAUGGAGACAGAUAUUGAUCAGCAAGAAGAGGCUUCAUUCAGCAACACAGAGACUAACGGUAAGCGCCCCGCUGAGGAUGCAGAUGAGCAGAAAUCAUUCAAGCGCUCCAGGAACUCGGAUGAGAUGGUUGAGCUUCGCAUCCUCCUGCAGAGCAAAAAUGCAGGAGCUGUAAUUGGGAAGGGUGGCAAAAACAUCAAAGCCCUGCGUACAGACUACAAAGCCAGUGUGUCAGUCCCAGACAGCAGUGGGCCUGAGCGCAUCCUGAGCAUCAGUGCAGACAUUGAAACUGUUGGAGAAAUCCUGCUGAAGAUUAUUCCAACAUUGGAAGAGUACCAGCAGUACAAUGGGAUGGAUUUUGACUGUGAGCUCCGUCUGCUGAUCCACCAAAGCCUGGCCGGUUCUAUCAUUGGAGUGAAGGGAGCCAAGAUCAAGGAGCUGCGUGAGAACACAAAGACCAGCAUCAAGCUGUUUCAGGAGUGUUGUCCCCAGUCGACAGACCGUGUAGUUCUGGUUGGUGGUAAAACGGAGAGAGUGGUGGAGUGUAUCAAGACUAUGCUGGAGCUCAUAUCUGAAGCUCCCAUAAAGGGCCGUACACAGCCCUAUGACCCCAACUUCUACGACGAAACGUAUGAAUAUGGUGGUUUUACCAUGAUGUUUGAGGAGAGAGGGGGUGGACGCAGACCAAUGGGAGGUUUCCCAAUGCGCGGUAGCCGGUCCAGCCAUGGAGAGCGCAGCUUUGACCGAAUGCCCUCAAGUAGAGGGGGAAGGGGACCCAUGCCUCCGUCACGUCGAGAUUACGAUGAAAUGAGCCCCCGCCGAGGUCCUCCCCCACCACAUCCGAGUAGGGUUGGUAGAGGGAGUAGCCGUGGACGCAACAUGCCAAUGGGACACCCACACAGAGGAGAUGAUCGUUACUAUGACUCGUACCGCGGCUCAGAUGAGAGGUCAAAUGACAGAAGAGGCAGACCGGAUCGCUACAGCGAUAGCAUGAGUGGCGGAGGAUAUGAUAACAGUUCCUCAUGGGAUAGCUACCAGUCAGGUGGUCGUGGCUCCUAUAACGACAUGGGUGGCCCUGUCAUUACCACACAAGUGACGAUCCCUAAAGAUUUGGCUGGCUCUAUCAUUGGUAAGGGAGGCCAGCGGAUCAAACAGAUCCGCCAUGAGUCUGGGGCCUCCAUCAAGAUUGAUGAACCUCUGGAAGGUUCUGAGGACCGAAUCAUUACCAUUUCUGGCACCCAGGAUCAGAUCCAGAAUGCCCAAUACCUCCUACAGAACAGUGUGAAGCAGUACUCUGGUCAUUUGCUGUAGACCAAGGAGGCUCAAAGUGAAGAAGAAUGAGAUUGCCCCUCCUUCCUCAACCUUUCUGCCCUUCCCAGCACAUCACCUUCAGACUAUUCUGGAUUGUGGGUGUCUUUUGUUUUUUUUCUUAAUCUUAUUUUUGUAUUUUUUAAUGAAAUAAAUGUCCAACAUUCCUGUGCAUAAGAGAAAAUGUAGAUGUUCUGCAUUUUUAAGAGUGUAAUCCAUUAGUUUAUCAGAUACACACUUGCUUUUUUCUAACACAGAUAACAAAUUAUCCUUCAGACUUUUCACAGAAAUAAACAUAACCUUUAUUUUUUGGAUGGCUUUGUGUUUUGUUUUU